AGUAAAGUUCAGGAGGACUUUUAUUUUUAAGGUUUUUCCCGGAAGUGGUGUUGCAAGUCGACGUUGGUCUCUGCUGUGGAGAAAGCAUUCGGUAAUCGUCCCUGCCAGCGAGGGACUCAAUUCCUCUAAUUUUCUACUUUAUUUACAGGAGGGUGAGGAAUUAGAAAAUAUUACAGCUACAAUAUGCGAACCAGAAGUAGAAGCCGCGUCAUCAACAUCACAGAGUCUCCUGAGGUUGAAGUGGUGGAUGCAAUGGAAACUGCAGAGAAUCUCCCAAGUCAUUUUAUGGAGUUCCUAGCUGACAAUAUCGACAUUGGUGGCCUAGAGCUAGAUGACCUGUUUGGAAUUGAAGACUUUAAAUGGACACUUGCGAAAGACACCGCAGGACACCAUGGGCAGCUGCUAGAUAUGGCUUUGGCUGAUUUUGGUGUGAAUGGUGCCAAGGAUCAGGAUUCUGGGAUUGAGGCUUCAACAGUCUCAUCUCCAGAGAGAUCAUCCAACUUGAGGGUCAAGAACACACAAAGCCAGUCAAGCAGAGUGAUAAACAAAAAUGCUAUCGCUGCCAGAUUGAACCGUCUCAAGAAGAAAGCAUACGUCAACAGUCUGGAGAAGAAAGUUGGCAUCCUGUCAACAGAAAAUAACGUCCUCAAACAGAAAAAUGAUCAACUGACCAAGAGAGUGGAAGAAUUGGAAGAUGAGACCAGGUACCUGAGAGCUGUGCUGGCUAAUGAGAGCACAUUAGCUGAGGUCUUGUCCAGUUUGAGCAGUGUGAAUGGGAUGAAGAUCUCUUCCUCGCUUUUCCAGGGUGCUGACCCAAACGACCACAACUAUGCCUUACCCAGGAAGCAUGCUAAAGUGGAGAAGAAAGAGACACCUGGUGGUGUGUGUCUGCAUGUGGACAAGGACCUCGUGUCAGUGGAGUUCUGUGUUAAGUGUGCAGAGCGUGCAAGCGCAUCGCUCAAAACCUAGGCUCAAGUACUCAUCUCUGUUUCCAGUUUCUUCUAGGUAAUGGUUGAUCCUCCAUACGGGAUGAGUGACUUUCUGAACACCUUUACCUGCUUGACUCCAUGGUAAGGAUCAGACAAGAAAAGACUACUAGUUGUUUUUCACAGGCUUGAGGCAUCCAACAGUAACCAUAGUACUACUGUUUGUAUACAGCUCUUGUUACCAGCUAGUGGACUUUGAGUAUGCUCAUAAUUUCUUUUGUUUAUGGUUUGUUUUAUAGGAAAUGAUUUGAUUUUAGUUAACAUGACACUGCAAGAUAAAUCAGAGUAUUCUCAAUGUUAAGAUGAUAAGACGAAGGUGAGGGUCCACAAAGAGUAAUUUUGAAUCAGCUGUCAAAUUGCAAUGCUGUAAUCCAUGGAUAAAAAUCAGUAUAUUUGUUCUGUUUUUUGGUAAGAAUUGAACUCUUUGUGAACUUUCACCAUUAUUCAAAAGAAUACUUUCAUUUAGCACCACCUAUUUUUCUUUAUGCUAAAGUGGAUUCUGCUGGUGGAAGGCGAAGAGGCUGGACAAGCUGCUGCCAACGUGGCCUGGUAGUAUCGGUAAUAAAUGGUACAGUUGAUUACAUUUUACCAAAACUCCACAACAUCUGUAGCUCUAUGUCUUGUCAGCGCAGCUAAAGAAGCAUUUUUGGGAGGGCUUAUAUAGCUGCUCCAUUACUUGGAGCAAUGCUACCAAAGCCUGAGUGGUUUCAGAAUUAUGUUAAAUGGUUAAUAAUAUUAACACUGUAUUCUGUAAAUACAUCCAAAAUGUUGAGUUGCCCAUUUUGAUCGAGUUUAACAUAAUGUAAAUGUAUAUAUAAGUUUGUUGGAGAAAUAAAUCUUAUUUUCAUUAAGGUUGAGUUUAAAACUA